AUGCCAUCCCCGACUCACCCCAAACCCUUCUUCCUGGGUCUUGAUGCUUCUACACAAGCCCUCAAAGCAUCAUUGCUGUCCAAUAACCUCGAUGUCAUCGACGAAGCAGCAGUCAACUUCGACGCCGACAUCCCUCGCUUUGGGACGUCGGGAGGUGUCCUUUUGGGACAAAAGGGUAGUGGCGAGGUGUACUCGCCCAUCAUGAUGGUCGUUGAGGCGAUGGAUCUCCUCAUGGACCGCAUCAAACAGAAAGCUUGGCCCGUAGGGGAUAUACGGGGUGUGGCAGCCGCGGGUCAGCAACACGCGUCUGUUUACUGGAGCAGAGAUGCGCCAGUCAUCCUCAGCCAUCUUGAUCAUACCAGGACUCUUGCUUCUCAGCUGGACGGGGCAUUCGCCUCUGCCCGUAUGCCCAACUGGCAAGAUUCAUCAACGACAAAGGAGUGUAGGGACAUUGAGGCACGGAUGGGCGGUCCCGAGCGAGUUGCCGAGGAGACCGGAUCCAAGGCUCACGAACGAUUUACUGGACCUCAAAUCAUGAAGCUGCGGCGCAACGAUAGAGCUACAUACGAUGCCACCUUUCGCAUAUCCCUCUGUUCGAGCUUCAUCACUACGCUUCUUUGUGUCGACGGCGAGAUCAAGGGCAUAGACGAGAGCGAUGCGUGCGGGAUGAACCUUUGGCAGAUGAACACUACGGACCGAGGUUGGCACAAGGGCAUUCUCCAGGCGAUUGUUGAGAGCUCUGACACUGCUGACCUCGAGUCCAAGCUCGGAGCGGUAGAGACCGACGGGGGAAGGCCACAAGGACCUAUCGGAAAGUGGUACCAAGAUCGUUAUGGUUUCUCGCCGGAAUGCCUGGUUUUCCCUGGUACCGGGGACAAUCCCGCAACGUUCCUGAGUUUGACCUUGAAACCGUCCGAGGGCCUCGUAUCGUUGGGCACAUCUGACGUUGUGCUGGUCUCAACCUCGACUUACAAUCCUGACCCGGAAUACCACGCCUUCUUUCAUCCGGCGCACGUUGCUGCUGAAUCGGGACAGCCCAACGGCACAAGUACCUCCCGAUACUUCAACAUGCUGGUUUACAAGAAUGGAUCGCUCGCCCGACAACAUGUCAGGGAUAAGUACUUUGCCGGAUCGUGGGAUAAGUUCAAUCAAGCUGUGGAUGAAACGACUCCGUCUAUUGGCGAGCUCCCAAAGCACACGUCCUUCUGGUGGCUGCUGCCCGAGAUCAUCCCGAGCGGAGCCGAUGGCGUCCACAAAUACGUCGCAGAACGUGAGGGCCAGUCCGAGCUGGUCGAUGCCAGUUCGGCUCGGCGAGUCGAUACCUUUGACGAUGUCAGACAAGAGGCGCGCACGAUCCUGGAAUCUGCGUUCUGCAAUUAUAGGUCACGGGCAUCAUCCAUUCUUCACGACUCUGACACACCCGCGGCACCGGCCACCCCUGGCCUGCCCGUGGCUCUGCCAAGAAUGACCCGAGUGUACGCGACUGGCGGUGCGAGUGUUAACCGCAGCUUGUUAUCGGUGCUUGCGGAUGUCAUGAAAGCACCCAUAUGCAAGAACAUAGAAUUCGAUUAUGGGUCCCAGGAGUGGAAGGACGCGAGUUGGAAUUCUUGCUCGGUGGGAGUGGCUUACAAGGCAAAGUGGGGUUGGGAGAGGCAUACAGGAGAGGAUGUCAGGCGCACGAUUGACUUCGACAGCGUCGUCGCGGAGGCACGGAAAGCCCGUGGCCAGCUGCGUGGCAGCAUGGGUGAUGACAUCGAUCUGGAGGACGAAGGUAUUGCGGUCGUCGCCUCCCCCGGUCCGCACGCUGCGGUGUACGAGAAGAGUCUUCGAUGGUGGCAGGCUCUGGAGCGGAGGGCCGUGGAGGAGAGGUGA